GACAGGGACAGGGACAGGGACAGGGACAGGGACAGGGACAGGGACAGGGACAGGGACAGGGACAGGGACAGGGACAGGGACAGGGACAGGGACAGGGACAGGGACAGGGACAGGGACAGGGACAGGGACAGGGACAGGGACAGGGACAGGGACAGGGACAGGGACAGGGACAGGGACAGGGACAGGGACAGGGACAGGGACAGGGACAGGGACAGGGACAGGGACAGGGACAGGGACAGGGACAGGGACAGGGACAGGGACAGGGACAGGGACAGG